ACGAGAUUGCCAUGAUGCUCUUGUUCGUCUUCGGUCUCGUCACCUUGUCGGUUCUCGGAGCUAACUGUGAUAGAGAUGCUCUACUAUACAGGGUGGACAUCUCUCUGCCACCCAAGGAAGAAAGGGACGAAGCUUCAGACAUAUUGUCUAUUAAGGACAAAGUAAACAGUCUAACUGACAUCGGUGUUCUGUUCUCCUUUAAGGAGCUCGGGAACCCAAGGGUAGUUCUUGUGCUUAAUGUUGAGAAAGCCUGCAGUUGGAACCAGUUGACACAAUAUCUGUCAAGCCGUGGAUAUGAGUACAGCGCUCAGGCGCUCUACCACUGUAGCGACUACGCCAAGGAACUCGGCGUCGACAUUCCUAAGGACAUGUGGGAAACUUCUUUUGGGGACGAAGAACUUAUGAUUGACCAGAAAACAUUUCCUUUCAACGAUUUAUCUACAGUUGAGUACAACCUCAAGUUGAGAUGGACAUUCGAGAAGGACAUUGACAUCCUCAAAUCUGGUCAGAAGGGGGGCGUGUUUCAGAGCUCUGGCAAAAUACCCUGUUAAGCUGAUGUAUUUUGCUCCACUCAAACCAUCUAGCGUUGAAGCGAUAGAAGAAACUCUGCAUGCUCCUGGGAACUUUAAAGCUGAAAUCACCCAAAUCCAAAACUUGGAAUAUUACACUGGACAGUGUAAUUGAAAAUGUGGGGCAUCCCAAGCAUCCAUGGUAUUACCUCACUAAAAGACCGGACGUAAAUUGACUCCCUCCUUGAUAAAUUCUGAAGGUGCAAAACAAGUGCUUUGUAAAUCAUGUAUGUAGUUUCCGGACUUCAAUAAAAAAGACAACAGCA